AUGUUGAGAAUCACAUUUAAUCAAUUAUGUUUAUUUUUUAUGCUAUUUCUUACAUUCCGUUCAUCUGUGUUCUGUGGUGAUGAAUUUGAAGAUUAUCGUUGUAAAUGUGUGUGUCCAUUAUUUACAGUAGUGCCAGGGUUUGACAUGAACGAAACAAAUCGUCGUGUUUAUGUUGAUGUUGUUUCUCCUGAAAAUUGUACAUGUAAUCAGGUUGUGUUUCGCACGAUACCAGCACCGAGUGAUUUUGUGGACAGAUUUUGUCCACGAUGUGUGUGUAAUUAUGAGAUUAGAAAUACAACAACCAUGAAAGUUGUUGUUAUCAUCAUUAUGGUUGCCAUCUCAUUAUUAUUCAUCUACAUGUCAUUUUUAUUAUGUCUUGAUCUACUGAAGAAUCAGUCUCGGCAACCGAAACAUUAUGAAUGGCAAGUCAAUGGAGGAGUUAAAAACAGUAAUAAACAUACUGAUUCAUGGCUUACCCAAAAAAAACUCGCUUCCUUUCGUCUAUCAAUUACACGCGUUGAGAGAGGCGACAUUUUCGCGUUAAGUUACAAAUCUGCGUUAAGUUGAGCGAUUGUUGUUAACAUACGU